AUGGAUCCGAGGCUGUACCAAUAUGCUCGCUCCGGUGAUGUGCACUCCCUGAAGGAGCUUCUCGAUACAGACCUGAGCGUACUCCAGGGGCGCACUCCUCAAGGAAACACGGCCCUCCAUGUUGCCGCUAGAUUCGGACAAAGACCAGUUUUUGCGGAGAUUUAUAGUCGAUGCAAGUCCCUUCUCAUGCAACCGAAUUCCGAGGGAGACACUCCUCUGCAUGUAGCUUCAGGGGCCGGCCGUCUUUCUGUUGUGAAGUUUCUGGUCACAGAGAUCACAUCCACCUCUCCUCAGCUAGACAUUGAAAGUGGCUGCGACUGCAGGUUGGAGAUGCUAAGAUGGGGAAAUAGAAGGAACAACACGGCCCUGCACGAGGCGAUCAGAAACGGUCAUUCACCAGUGGUUGGGUUGUUAAUAAGAGCGGAUUCUCACCUUGUACUUUACGAAAAUAGUGCGGGAGAAUCCCCAUUGUACCUGGCUGCUAGAGGGGGCAUGGAAGAGAUUGUAAAUUGGAUCCUGACAUCAUGCCCUUUAUCUGCUCACAGUGGAUCAGAUGGCCAGACGGUUUUGCACGCUGCUGUGAGCGUGAGACAUUCUGGAAUAGUGAAAACCCUCCUAAGAGCAAAGCCGGAGCUGAUCAGAGAAGCUGACCACCAAGGCAGGACCCCUCUCUACUAUGCAGCUUUUUCUGGAUACCACAAGUUGGUCCGACAAUUGUUAGAGUUCAAUAUCUUGAGUGCAUAUGCAUUGGACAGAGAUGGUUUUUCGUUGCUUCAUGCAGCAGCGAGUAAUGGCCAUGCCAAGGUUAUAAAAGAGAUUAUUCGGCUAUGCCCAGAUGCUGGAGAAUUAGUAGACUUAAAGGGACAAAACAUUCUUCAUGUUGCAGUGCUAAGUGGGAGAGCAAAUGUGGUCAGAUGCAUACUGGAAACCAUCGAGCUCGAGGGCCUAAUAAAUCAGCCUGAUUACAGUGGCAAUACUCCUCUGCAUCUAACUAUCAUGGAAAGGAAAAGUUGGAUCGCAGCUUACCUGUUGCAGGAUGCAAGAGUUGAUCAAACAGCUCAGAACAUAAAAGGCGAAACUGCCUUCGAGAUAGAUGAGCCAACCGAGGAAACAUGUGUGAUUCCUUCGGUCGCAAUGGUUAACUGGCGACAACUACGCCUCCCACAUCAUAGGAAUUUCCAAGGUGGAUUUCUCCACGGUACACAUGAACAAAAAGACGGUGUCUUGGAUUCAGAACAAACUUACAAGCAAAAUUGUCAGACGUUAUUGAUGAUUGCGACACUCAUCGCAACCGUGACGUUUGCAGCGGCUUUCACAAUGCCCGGCGGUUAUAACAAUGGCACUGGCCCAGGCCAAGGACUGGCGCUUCUUCGGUCAAGCAGCCACUUCAAGUGGUUCGUCAUCUCCGACACUAUCGCGAUGACUUGCUCGAUACUGGCCGCUUCCCUCAUACUCUGGGGCACUACUGUUGGCAAGAGACCCUACGUGCAAAUCUACGUGAUUGCGGCUGUGUUGACAUGCAUCGCGCUGCAGUCAACUGCCAUAUCGUUCUUGGCGGGUGUCCAGGCUGUUUUACCUGACGAAACAUAUGUCCGCACCAUGAGAAACAUAGUUGGCAGUGCCUUCCAUGUUAACACAUGCUUGCUUCUCUUCAGAUUGGCACAGACUUUUGCCUUCUCUCAGAUCUGCCUCUCCUUGAAUUCUUGCCUCAGAAGGCUCAAGUGCAUCAUCAAUUCCCACAUAGCAAAGAAAUAA